ACAAGUAUGAGAAUGACAAAAUCGUGCAAUAAUGAAACUAAUUGUAAGGUGUCUAAGAAAGGAAAAUUAAUCGUUCAUAACUUUGAACAAUGUUUGUUUUUUUGAAAGACCAUGUCAAAAUUUUUACGUUACCAAUAUCUGACGUUGAAUCAUAUUAUGCUACACGUUCGCGGCGGGUCGUCGAGCUUUUUGAUGCGUUAGGACAACCUCCCCCUUGUAUUGGAAACGAAUACAAUAGCGUGCAAUUAUUCAGAGGAUCUUUUGAUGUAGUUAUCGAAUGUUUUCUAUAUUCGAUAAAUGGAGGCAAGAUAUAACGGUUUUGAUUCUAGCAAUUACGGUUUGAAGAGCAAGAAUUCAGUGCAUUAGUUCAAAGAUUAUACACUGUUUAAGUUUGUUUUUUUUAGGCUAUUUGUUGUGUUGAGUAUUUAUAUCAGCACUUGGCCGCAUGGUGCAGCACCUGUACUGUGAAAUAACUAGGCUAACUACAGGCGUUUCCUCUUUGUUAAAACAAAUGGUAACAUUCAUAUGGUGCUCGCGGCUUGCGAUACGCAUAUCGUGAUAACAACAUAUAAUUAUAAUAUAACCAUUUUUAAUAUAAUUUUUAUAAGAAUCGUAUUUGAAAUUAUCUUAAGUUAGAGAAUGCAAAUAUUAUUACUGCUUGAAGAUCAAUUAAUAUAAAUGAUUGCUAAUAGCAGCUAAUGAGUCAUGACACGACGUCACUAAUCCACUAAUUAUGCUACUUUUCUCUAUUACCACCCUCUUUCUCUUAAUUCCGCCUGAUCUGACAAACCUUAAAACUUUAUUGUAUUCGUAGUUUGAGGUUAUAAGUAUCUGUCAUUGUUACUGCCACUGUCACCCUUUUUGAAAUUCGUUAACAAUAUUAACUUUUUAUAUAAAUAUCUUUACAUAUAUAAAUUAAUAUUCAGUAAAUAUUGAAACAUAAUAAAAAUGUCAUCGUCUUUAGAUUCUAUAAUAUUCCUCAUUCUUGUGGCAUUUUUGUGGGGUGUAACCAAUCCAUUUAUUAAGAAAGGAGCUAAAGGUUUAGAAAACGUGAAAUCAUCUUCCAAAUUUUUCAAAUUUUUUAAAGAACUUGCUUUUCUUAUUACAAAUUUAAAGUACAUUAUACCAUUUAUCAUUAAUCAAUGUGGUUCUGUAUUAUAUUUUUUAACUUUGAAUAAAGUAGAUAUAUCACUUGCCAUUCCAGUCACUAAUUCUCUUACUUUUGUAAUAACGGCAAUAACUGGUUGGAUUUUGGGUGAAGAAAAGAUACACAAAAAUACAUACAUGGGAAUGAUAUUGAUUUUGGUUGGAACAGUCCUUUGUUCUUGGGAUAAAAUAGAUAAUACUAUACAGCUUUAACCUUUUUAGCAUUUCAUUUUAGAAUGUUUUAUUAGUUGCAAAUAGCAAUUAAAAUUUUAGCGGAUUCGUUUGUUUUGUUGUCUUAAAUAAAAUAAUAUUUAUAUUACAAUAAUUAUAUAGUUAUAAUUAUGUUGAUGAGAAUAUAAUCAUAUAUUUUAUGAUUAUAUAGAUCAGAAAUAACGGGUUACAUGUUAUCAUAAAAUACAUGGAAUUUAUGACACCGAUUUGUUCUUAGUACUGAAAAUAUUUGGUAUUAUGCUUAUUUAUUUAUUUCAGAUUAAUAACUGUGUUACACAUGAAAUAUAAUUCAUUUUGGGACUUUAAUCCUUCGACAUUUAACAUUUUUAUUUCGUACACUUCUGAAGAAGUAAAUAAUUAUAUUAAUAGAUAAUAUAAAUUUAUAGAUGGAUCGAUACAUUGUCUAUAUAUUCAUGAUAUUUACAUAUGAACUAUAAUCAUCAAUAUAUACAUGACAAAUAAACAGCACCAAAGAAGAAGGAA